GGAUAGCAAUAUAAGCACAGGGGUUGCACACGCCGGUAACGACAGCACGGAAUGAGGAUAUACUACAUCGGUGUACUCAAGAACACGAAGGGAGAGAAGGCACUUGAGCUCUCCUCCGCCAAGGACCUGUCUGAUUUUGGGUUCUUUGAGAGGAGCGGUGCUGAUCAGUUCAUGACGUUCUUCUCGACGACGAUUGCGGAGAGAACUGAGCCUGGCAAGAGACAGAGCGUUGAGGAAGGUGAGAAGUACAUAGCACAUGCGUAUGCAAGAUCAGAAGGGCUCUGUGCGAUCCUCAUCACGGACAAGGAGUAUCCUGUGAGACCAGCGUUCACGCUGUUGAACAAGGUUAUAGAUGACUACAUCACAGAACACCCUCCAAUCGAAUGGAAGAAUGCCACCGAGGCCAAUAGCAAGUUCGGAUUCGCACAGUUGGCCAACUACAUCAAGAAGUACCAAGAUCCAUCGCAGGCGGACUCCAUAAUGAGGGUCCAACAGGAAUUGGACGAGACCAAAGUUGUCCUGCACAAGACCAUUGAGAGUGUGUUGGAAAGAGGUGAGAAGCUGGACUCCUUGGUUGACAAGAGCGAGUCCCUGUCUGCCAGCUCCAAGAUGUUCUACAAACAGGCAAAGAAGACAAACUCCUGUUGUAUCAUUAUGUAACUGCUGGCCACACAUACGCUCCUCUGGUCUUCUAAUAUUGUUUUUUUUUUGCUGUCCGGCUCACUCUAUGUAUUUGGUACUCGCUAUAUGUACACCUGCACUUUAUGAUUCUUCUCCGGCAC